CAACCUGUUUGAAUUGAAAGCAACAUACACAGCUACAACAUGACUGUAUUUGAGACACGAUUGGUAUUCUUUCGUAGUGCUUGAUACCAGGUCCAGGGUGUGAUCCCUGUGCUCCACCUUUCUCUUCUGGUGAGGUUAGAGGUGCUGUGCUGUCCGUCUUUAUCGUAGCUUGCGUGACUGACGCUCUGUUUCAGUGUUGGAAGGUCAAUGCAUUUUCGUUGAGAGUUAGUGUUUUGGAAAUAUCUGGAGUUCACGGUUUCGUGAUUUCUGUUUGACUGUGGAAAGAGCAGCGCCAUGCUCAGCAUCCCUCGGUGCGCUCGUGCUGUUGUUGGCCGACUGCCGUCGCGUGCACAGCUCUUCAAGGUCACACACCCAACAUGCACACCGCCGAUAUCUAGAGCUUGCUGUAGCACGGCCAGCACAGCUGCUGCUUCGAACACAUGCGGUACACCCGUAGAUGACAAUGCUCCAUCCGGCUUCAGUAAAAAGCUUAAAGAUGGCCCUUCCUUAGCAGAUUUCAUGAGUUCAGAGACUGGUGUGCCUGGUGGCGAGCUAUCUCGGUUGGAUAGUGUGGAAGAAGUGCCGUACCUGUCGGCUGAAGACCUGGCGGGUAACGAGAGAAAAGUGUAUUUUGAGACGUACGGUUGUCAAAUGAAUGUGAAUGAUACCGAGAUUUCUUGGGCACUCCUGAAGAAAGCUGGCUAUCUCCGUACAAAUAAUGUCGACGAGGCCGAUGUAGUCUUAAUAAUGACUUGCUCCAUCAGAGAUAAGGCUGAAAGGCGGAUUUGGACACGAUUGAGGAACCUGAGACUGGACUUUAGUCGAAUUCGUGGCAAGCUGAAUCAUGUAAAAGUCGUAUUGAUGGGCUGUAUGGCUGAGCGUCUCAAGAAAGAGGUUUUGGAGACAGAGCGGCUUGUGGACGUCGUGGUUGGACCAGAUGCUUACCGAGAUCUUCCGCGACUGCUGGCAGUGGCAGGGAGUGGGCAAAAAGCUGUCAAUGUCCAGCUAUCACUCGAGGAGACGUAUGCUGAUGUCACGCCAAUUCGACUCAACCCGGAGAAAAGUGGUGCAUUUGUUUCCAUCAUGCGUGGCUGUGACAACAUGUGCAGCUACUGCAUAGUACCGUUCACACGUGGCAGGGAACGCAGUCGCGACAUGGCGACAAUCAUAGAUGAAGUCCGCUAUCUCUGUGACCAGGGCUUGAAGGAGAUCGUCUUGCUCGGACAGAAUGUCAACAGCUAUCGUGACGUAUCCGAAGAAUCCUUCCAGAAAUUCGGUGUCAAGAUGGAUCCGACGCACAACAGUGCGGGUUUUAAGACUAUCUACCACAACAAGGAAGGUGGCUUGCGCUUUGCUGACCUCCUGCACAAAGUUGUACAGGUCAGCCCGGAGGUUCGCUUUGGUUUCACAUCGCCUCACCCGAAGGAUUUCCCGGAUGAGUUACUGGAUGUUAUAAAUGAGAACGACAACUGCUUCAAGUAUGUUCAUAUCCCGGCCCAGUCAGGCAGCACUCGUGUUCUCGAACUCAUGAGAAGAGGGCAUUCUCGCGAAUCCUACCUGGAUCUCAUUCAGCACAUCAGAAAGAAAAUCCCAAGAGUUCGGCUGUCUAGUGACUUCAUUGUAGGCUUCUGUGGCGAGACGUAUGAAGACUACCUGGAAACUCUGUCCCUGAUCGAAGAAGUGCGUUACGACUUCGGAUUCUUGUUUGCGUACAGCAUGCGGAAGAAAACGCACGCCUAUCACCGCAUGCAGGAUGAUGUACCACAGGAGGAAAAGAUGAAGCGUCUCCAUCGCAUAAAUGAUGUGUUCAAUGCGAAAGCCUUGGAACUGAAGAACGCCUAUAUUGGAGAUGAAGAGCUGGUUUUAAUUGAUGGGGACAGUGCAAAGUCCACCGAAUUCUGGGCUGGGCGUGAAAGUGGAUUCAACGUCGUUGUAUUUCCGAAGACUUCAGUUCCAUGCGCGUUGACGGGAGCUAGCAAUGUGGAGUUGAAGAAAGGUGAUUUCGUCAAGGUCAAGAUAACCGAUUGUAACAUGAAGACGUUUCGUGGCGCGGCUAUGGAACGCACAUCAGUGACACAUUUCUGGCAACAACGCCAUCAGCAGGCGCAUAACAACUUGCUCGUUAGUGCGUAGGCCCACCUGCUCAGCGUCGGUACGGCACUUCUGCUGCUUGUGCUUCUGCUACUUACUUUUUGCCUUGCGUCCACGUGUGUGCAUGCAUCGGCAAUGCCCCUGUGUCACCAGCACUGUGGACUUGUGAAGUUGUGCUGUUUUGUCUAGCUGUGCUACCCGUUCUGUACAUACUGUGGUGCUGCCAGUGCGGCCCUGCGGUUGCCGGCCCCGUAUCACCUGUAAUCUACACGAUUGCGUAUGCUUAUAUCUAUAUUUUUAUUUUUAUUAUUCUGUUGCCUGACUCUGAAUGUACAUACUUUGACUAUCAACCCAGCAGUACUCUUGCUGCCGCUUGUGUACUCCAUAGUACAUAGUACAGGCAGAGAUACUCGGUCCUGGUUGCAUGCAGCUUAUCAUUAUUGCAAGACAGUAUUCAGUAAGCCACAGAUCACAGCUGUAGGACUGCUCGCCGAACAGCAGAACAGGAUAUUGAACGGCGCUGUACCGGUAGCUGCACUUGCAUUCCAUUUCCUCUUGCUGUUCAGUGCUGUCGGUUCCAACGAAGAUGCAAUGCUGCAGUUGGUAUGCAAGGCGUUGUUUGAUAGUGAUCAUUAUGGUGUCCGCUACGAGCACAGGAAUAUAGUACUGUACUUUGGGACGGGCACUUGGUCCUCGCAUCACUGCUCUGUGUACAGGCACAAGUAUGUUUCCUUGCUGGUUUCAUGAGUUGAGCUCAAAUCGGAGUAAUAAUAUGCACGCUGUUCUUCUUGUUAUUUUAUAAUGAGUUUCCCACAUGUUCUGUGGGGAAAGGCUCACCGGCAUGCAUGCUACUGCGCAAUGUCACGAUCGAAACUUG